GUUUAGUGGUGUUAGGUUAAGAUGGGUGUGGUAAAAUUUUUAAUCGUUACCAUAUUUUUGUGCAGUUUUGUGAAUGCAAAGCCAAAAUUACCUUCUUUUUUGAAGGUUUGUCAUAGGAAUGAUCCAAAACUGAAGGAAUGCAUAAAGGAUUCGGUGGAAAGGCUGAGGCCUUUCUUGGCAAAGGGUAUACCCGAGUUUGAUAUUCCCAGUUGCGAGCCAUUGCUCAUUCCAGAGGUUUCUAUCGAUCAGGGAACUGGUUCAGUAGCUGUACAGUCGAACUAUAGGGAUAUCAAGAUAUACGGGCCUUCGAAAUUUACCAUAAAAAAUGUCAAAAUUGAUUUAGACAAAAACAAGGUAAGAAUCAAAUUAUGGAUUCCACAUCUGGAAAUCUCCAGUGUUUACACAAUGAGUGGCAAAAUACUGAUGAUGCCCAUUCAAGGAACAGGGGCGUGUACUGGAAACUAUAGUAAGGCGAUUUUUUUUUUUUUUUUUGGAAAAACUGUUCACUUUUUUUUAGCUAACAUCGACGCCACUGUUUCCAUGGACGGGGAAAAAGUAAAGAAAGGCGACGAGUUGUACUUUAACGUUAAAGAUUUUUUGGUUGAUUUUAACGUGGGGCAUGCGCAGAUUCGUUUGGACGACCUAUUUAAUGGAGACAAAGAAUUAGGUGAAGCAAUGAAUUUGUUUCUGAAUGACAAUUGGAAACACGUCGCCUCUGAAAUUAAACCAGUCAUGGAGGACACGAUUGCAAGCAUCUUUAAAAAGUUUUCAAAUAAAAUUUUCCACAAGUACCCAAUCGACGCUAUUUUACCGGAAUAGUUCUAAUUUUGAAAUGUCUAUGAUUUUUCGUACAUUUGUAAUAAAACAAUCAAC